CUCCUGUACCUCUGCGUCUGAGAAGGAGACGGGGGGUGCCGCCCAGAGAGAGAAGCAGUACCUUGCGCAUCGGGAGUUCGGGGACCGCCGGGACAGGGUCAUCAGUGCUCGCACCUACUUCUACGCAGACGAAACCAAGUGUGACCAGCACAUGGACACGUUCCUGCGCUGUAUCGAGGCCUCGGGUGGCAGCUCCGAGGACAGCUUUUCGGCCAUUAAGCUGACCGCUUUAGGAAGGCCUCAGUUCCUGCUGCAGUUCUCGGAGGUGCUGAUGAAGUGGAGGAAGUUCUUUCACCAGAUGGCUGCAGAGCAGGGCAAGGCGGGGCUGGCUGUGAUGGAGACCAAGCUGGAGGUGAAAAAGCUGCAGGAGACCCUGGCGAACCUUGGGAUUGCGACCAAAGCGGAGAGCCAGCACUGGUUCACAGGCGAGGACCUGGGCGUGUCUGGCACUGUGGACUUGCUGGACUGGAACAGUCUGAUUGACAGCCGAACGAAGCUCUCCAAACUGCUGCUCAUCCCAAACAUGAAGACCGGCCAGUUGGAGCCUCUGCUCUCGCACUUCACCGAAGAGGAGGACCUGCAGAUGAAGCGAAUGCUGCAGAGGAUGGACGUCCUGGCUACAAGAGCCUUGGAGCUGGGAGUGAGGCUGAUGGUGGACGCUGAACAGACCUACUUCCAGCCAGCCAUCAGCCGGCUCACCCUGGAGAUGCAGCGCAAGUUCAACAUGGAGAAGGCUGUUGUAUUUAACACCUUCCAGUGCUACCUGAAGGAGGCAUAUGACAACGUGACAAUGGAUGUGGAGCUCUCUCGCCGCGAGGGCUGGCACUUCGGGGCCAAGCUGGUCAGAGGCGCGUAUAUGGAACAAGAACAGGCCCGAGCUGCCCAAGUCGGCUACGAGGAUCCCCUCAACCCUACGUACGAAAAGACCAACGAGAUGUACCAGAGGUGCCUGGACUACGUUCUUGAGGAGAUCAAGUACAGCCAGAAAAUCAAAGUGAUGGUGGCAUCGCACAACGAGGACACGGUGAUGUUCACCAUUCGCAGAAUGGCAGAGCUUGGCAUUCAUCCCUCUGAGAAAAAGGUGUACUUCGGGCAGCUGCUGGGCAUGUGUGACCAGAUCACCUUCCCUCUGGGGCAAGCAGGUUAUCCAGUCUACAAAUACGUUCCCUAUGGCCCUGUGAACGAAGUGCUGCCGUACCUGUCCAGAAGGGCCCUGGAAAACAGGGGCUUCAUGAAGAGAGCCAAACGCGAGAGGGACCUCCUCUGGAGUGAGUUCAAGAGAAGACUGAUCACUGGCAGCCUCUUCUGUAAUCCAAGCCACUAACCUGCCCUGCCUUGGGCUGGGAUAUGCUGCAGCAAAUGUCCCAGACCGGCAGACCUAGCGGCUUUUUAAUAGAACUGCUGCUGUUUUUCUCCAACUACCCUUUUCCACCACUCUCAGUCCUCCCCGCAGAGGCCUUCUCCCGUGGCGAAGACCUUCUCUAGUGCGUUAAUAUCUGACCUGCACCAGUGACCCUCCAGUAAACAUCUCCGCAGCGGGCCUACGUCACUGUCCCUGCUGUGGGAUGGUUCAGGAGCAGCCGUUUCCUUAAGGACGUCCUUACACCCGUGCAAUUAAAUGUUGUCCUAGGACA